AUGUCCGCCGCCAAGACCAAGGCUCAGAACCUCAUUAAUGAGAACGGCGUUGUCGUCUUCUCCAAGUCUUAUUGCCCCUACUGCAAGUCUAGCAAGGAUUUGUUGAACAAGUUGGGUGCUAAGUUUGAGGUGUUGGAGCUUGAUCAGAUUGAUGACGGUUCUGCCAUCCAGACUGCUCUCCAGGAGAUCUCCAACCAGCGCACCGUGCCCAACAUCUUCAUCAACCAGAAGCACAUCGGUGGUAACUCCGACCUCCAGGCUAUUUCUGGCCAGCUCCCUCAGCUGCUGAAGGAUGCUGGUGCCCUGUAAAGAGGCCAGGACACGAUGUUUCUAGAAUAUGAUAUGCGCGAGGGAUAACUAGUUCUGUCUUUGUACGCGACUAUGGAACUGGAACUGCGCAUGCGAUCUUUUGAUAGAUAAUUUUGCAUUUACGUUCAUGCACUUGGAGU